UAAAUUCGGUAAACACGAUCAUGAAAAACGAGCGUUGACAACGCGCGCUCCAUCACCUAUUCGAGACGAUGUCAAGACGUACGUUGCUGCCGGUCUCUCUGAAACACAAAUUCGACGUGCAGUUACAAUUGAUCACCCUCAAUGGGCUGCACAAAAACAAGUGAGAAGUCUGGUUGGUUAUUAUCGCACAAAGGAUCAUCCGUCGUCAUUUUCAUUGAGUGAUUUGCGUGAUUGGUGUAUAGAACGCUCACAGACACCAGCGCAUACACCAACAGAGAGUGAUACGCCAUUUGUGCCAUAUUUUAAAUUGAAUGAUAUUACGGAAAUGUUCGUUUUUAUAACCACGAGAAGAUUGUUAUCAACAGCGAGUUUGUCUGUGUAUUUACAAGUUGAUGGUACAUACAAGUUAAAUUGGAACAAUUUUCCUGUACUCGUGUGUGGUACAAGCGAUGCUCAACGACAUUUUCAUCCGUUUGGAAUUGCCUUGGUUCACAGUGAUGAAUCGACUGCGUGUUAUGUUGAUUUAUUCAAAGCGUUAAAAUGGAGUAUACCAUUAGUUACCAAUGAAGCGUAUUACAUACAUUUUCUGAUGGCUGAUGGUUCCAAAGCAAUAACGAAAGCUCAACAACAAGAAUUUCCAUGUAUAAGGAGGUUAAUGUGCUGGGCACAUGUUAUACGUCGAUGUCGAGCUCAUAAAAAGAUGGUUCCUGAUGACAAAUGGCCACAAAUCGAAAGUGACAUAUGUUCAAUACAAUUGUGUUGCAAUGAUUUCAUAUUCGAUGAAGCAAGCAAGUUGUUAUUGAAAAAGUGGCAAAGUGAUACUAGUCUUGAUACGUUUCGAAUGUAUUUUCAAAGCGAGUGGAUUGAUGCAUUACCAUAUUGGUAUGAAGGCAGCGCGUUACGAUAUCCAAUGACAAAUAAUGGACUUGAAAGUCUGAAUGGCAAAAUCAAGAAACAUUACACAUUACGUAGUAAGCUACCAUUAGCUGGUUUUUUGUCAACUGGUUGUCAGAUGAUUAGUGACUGGUCGUUAAAAUUACAUAAUUGUGUAUUUUCAUUAGAACCAAUUGUUAGUAAAGAUUUGGAAUUGUUUGCGUCAAAAUGGUCAACAAGUAUUUCAAAAUCAAUGAUACCAUUGCCUUGGAAUGUCUAUGAGCAAGUAGUACCAACGAUCCAUGCGCAACUGGGUGUACAACAAUGCAUUGAUAUGUAUCAACAUUGUCAAUUUAAUACAUUCGAUAAUUAUCGUCGUUGGUAUGAAUCUGCACAUAUUGUUUCUGUGCAACAAAUGUACUGUACCUGUCGAUAUUUUUGUAAAGAGUAUAUAUGCAAACAUUUGGUUGGUCUCAAAAUUCUAUAUGGCAUACACAAAUUACCAAAUGAUCGUUUACCACUUGGAAAAAAACCCAGAGGACGACCAAAAAAAACAAGUCUUGCUCUAUUAUUUUGA